AGCAAGGAUAAAUUUCUUGAUAAAAUGGCUAAUAAAAAAAUCGUAUGUAUUAUAUUCCAAUUGUAGACUUAUAUGAGUAAAUCUUGAAAUUGUUUAGGCUUUUUCAAUAAUGUGUGAUAAAAGAGAGUCUGCGCACCAUGAAAUAAAAAGGUUGUAUCAGAUGGUAACCAUAGCCGAAAUUAAGAACCUUUUGAUGGCUCAAUUUGCCUACGCUACACAAAAUUUACUUAAUAAGAAACCGGGUGGCAAUGUUAAUGAGCUUAAAAAUGUGGUGGACAAAUUUUCCAGAAGAACUUCCAGAAUGACUGCAGCAUUUAAGAAUGCAAUGAUUAAAGCUCCCAGAGAUUUCUGGUACUGUGAUCCAGAUGAACAUGCAGAGGGUUCGACGUACACAAAAUUAUCUCCAAUUUUUCAAGCGUAUAUUAUGAAUGAAAAAGAUUCAGGACUUACGUUUCAUCAUAAAAAACGUAACAAAUGCAAAGGUUCUUGUAAAGAUCAUAAUGAAACAAACGAUUUAUGUAGAUCGAAACAUUGCCGAAACUACGAGAAAAAGUGCUCCGGACUAGUGCGGGAUUGUACAUCGUCAGCUGAAGAACUGAACAUUUGUUACGCGAAUGAAGAGAGUAGCCGAAGAUAUGAAUUUAUAGAAAUCUUAUCAAGUGGAAAUCGGAAAUUUUAUGGAAAACCAAAAUCAUGCAGCGGUAAUAAUACUUUACAAGUUAAAAAUCGUUUUAAUAAACUCUUCUACGAAUGCGAAUAUUGCGUUUGUACAUGUGAAGAUAUCAACACGAAAAUUAAUAGAUACUUUAGUUUGAAGAAUGUGACUUCGGAUUCGCAAUAUAUGUCGUGACAGGAGUGCGCUUCGCAAAAAAGAAUAAUAUAUUCCACAUUCAAAUUCAACGAGGAAAACUUUUGGUAAAUGGAAACAUCGACAAGAG